ACAACACAAGAGGGCGCUACACUUAAAGAUCAACGGGCGAUAUUUCCAUGUCAACCUGAAAUAUGGCGGUUCCAAAUCACAAUCCGCCCCGUGGGAUGGAGGGCUACGAUUUAGGAGCUCUAAGCGCUGAGCAACAAGAAAAACUCAACCAAUUCAAAAUUCAAACCAGGUUAGGAAACGAGAAAUUCCUUCGAGAUCAUCCAGAAGUUGAUGUUUUGCUUGCAGGAUUCCUUGGCGAUGUCCUGACGCAGAGACCAGAGAACAUCCGGGAUUUCGCUGCCGAUUGGUUCACCAAGCCCCACCUCAAAGAUUUUGUCCAGGGUCAGUUGAAGCAGAGAGAGAAUGCUCUACGAGAAGCCAAAUUCAACAGGAAGCUUUGAAGAUCAGGGAGCUCUCCACUAUUAGGGGCGUUACUGGGGAUAACUUCAAAAUGGGAGACCAAAAGAUUACAUGAGACAACUGUCAGUGUUACAGCAUACCGGUACCAUUUGAUGAAUUGAAGCACAAGGCUUGCUCCAACACAACUUCAGCGAAGUAAAACUUGCACUUUAUCCAUAGGGUGAAGUUGGCCCACAUUUGAAUGAAGCCAAACACAAGAAUGGACUUAAAGUGGGAGUCUGAAAUCCAUGGUCAAUUGAGCUGAACUUGUUUACAUUUAGAAAUACAAAAUAAAAGUAUACAUGUAUAUUGUGGUACAAGGAUGGGUGGCAAAAAUGGGUUUCUGUUCUAAUCCUGCAGCACCACAGCUCAGUUCUCAAUAGGCAGAGAAAGUUUUUAAUCUUUCAAGAUAUCAUGAUUGUGGGAAGGGUUUCAAAGAUUGCAGAAGGGCUAUUGAGGUAUUUCUACCCUUCGUCAUUAAACUUGUUAACACGAAGACUUAAUACAUAUCAUUCCAUGAUUGUGACUUUAAUUGAUAGGAAAUGCCGAUGCCUCUUUUCUUAUCCUCCCCAGCCACGCCUCUAUUAUAACUGGAUUGUUGGGAGGGGUAGUUAAGAAUAUAAUUAAUCUAAGGUUAUCAUUGUCAACCAUGCAGAAUGAUUUCAUUUUCAGUGUGUGAACAGGUUGAAGAAAACUAGACCAUUGUUGCAAGAAUUGAAAAGCUAGAUUCUGUCUCCAGUGUAUCUUUACCUAGACAGGGGCAAAUAUACAUCACACUGUGUAUGUGAGAAAUUCUACAGAACUGGGAAAAUGUCAGUUUGCACAGAUGAAGGUUUUAAGGUCACCCAAGCCUAUUUCCAUAUACAAGUUAAUUCUUGUUGCUAUACUAGAUCAAUUUGGAAGCAAUGACAACUGCUUCAUCUGUAGAUUCUUAUAGUCAUACAUUGGGCUGCUAUUGAUGUACUGAUGUUACUGAAAAGGAAACCUUUUCAUGUUGGGCAGAUUUGCAUGCUAAGCGUCUCCAUGGAACUGGAGAUUCCAUUCAGACAGCUUUGGCCUGUUUUACCCAGAAGCUAUUCAGGUUGUUGGCAGUCAAGUGUUACAGAUUGAAACAUCAUGCAAUCUCUCCAAACUUGGUCAAUUCCAACGCACAUGUAAUAUACAUGUAUAAACUGAAGCGCCACAGAUUGAAACUUCAGCUUCAUCUCUUGUUACAAAGAAUGGUUAGGUACCAAUUUUAUGGAGAAACGUGCUAAGCAGUUACAGGUUACCAACCCCAAUGCCAUAUUGCUUUUUGUGUGCUCCUAAAUAAAAACUGUUCGGUACCGUCUGUUUACCGGUUCCACAACGUGGGUCGUUCGUUGUACAUGUUCAGGUUUAUUUAUGGGCCUUAUAUAAGAAUUGCUAUUGUGUGCUGUAUUAACAUAGACUUUGUAAAAUGAGAUUAUCUCAUAGGAAAGUGUACAUAUUUAUUGUCAAAUUUUAACUUUUACAUUUGUUUGUUGUUAAGUAGUCUUAGCUAGCACAUUGCCUGGCGGCAAAGUAAUGACACAUGUUCUACACAGUGUGUGGUUUUGGUGUGUUAAAGAAUAUAAGUAUUUUAAUCUGGAAAUUUUUAUCUUCAGGUUUUGUAACAUGAGCUGUGGAAAGACAAAAACAAGAUGCAGUGUAGUAGGAAGAAGAUAUUUGAUGUAAUAUGCACCUGGUUUGAAAUAUUUUAAAUAUGCACUUUGUGGUUCGGAGUGUUUUGUACACCUUAACAUAAUGUUUGCACAGAUGCACUUGCAACAUUUGUGGCGCACAAAAUGAAAUGAUUCCUUGUAUUGUGUAUUUAUGGAUUUAAUUAGCGUCACCAAUUGCGUGAUAGUUUCAGUUAAAGUAUUGCUUUGCUUACGGAAAAGUCUCUAGGAUGAAAAUUGUUUCCAAUUGUCCAACUGCACGUAGUGACAUGACAGUUAAAUCUGGUUGCUGCAUUUGAUAAACGUGAAGACCUCAAAAGGGAUAGAUUAAAAUGUUAUUUUAUAUGAUAGUAAGAUUGUACCAAGUAGGCCUAUUAAAGCACUGACGACAAUCAAAGGAACAAUAAUUCCUCAAACUCCAGUUGCAUAGAAAGCUGUACAGACACAUUUUCAAUUGAACCCCCAAGUUCAUCUGAAUUCCUGUUUACACAAAAGCCAGCGGCCAUCCCAAGGGACCUAUUUAUUUCCAGACCCAAGCGCCGCUGUCAAUGUCAUCAGGUACAUUCUGAGCAUACCACCGCAGACCUAUUUUUGUACAUGUUAGUGGUUCCGCUUUAGCUGUGAUUGUUGCAGUGCAGCAGCAUUGAGUUAUCGUCUAACACACACGCAGCCUAAUCAUUUAGCGUACAAAUUAAUAUCACUAGCUUUGAGUUAAGCGGAAUGUAAGCCUGCAAGCAGACGCAGAAUCCGAAGCCGUGGCUUAUGGGCGUCCACUUGCUGUCUGGAACUGAUACAUAAAUAAUGAGCUACAUGUGUACACUCUUAAUGUGUGUGAUUAUAAAUACAUGUACAUGUAUGCUCAUAUUGGUUAGAGAGCACUAUAGUCUUUGGUAUGAAUGCAGGUGCAGGGGAAGCAAUAGGGGUGAAGCAGCGGGGUGAAUUUCAUAAGAGGAGUACAGAAAUAUAAAAUGUAAAUCGUUUUACGUUUAUGGAUUGCACAGGUAUCCGUUUUUUAGUUUUCCAAGAAUUUGCAUUAUAUUGUUGGAGCUAAGAGGCACAUUUCCCCCCGUAAACUGCCAUGCAUUAAAAGACCAUUGAAAUUGAAUCUCUACGCUUUAAUAAUUAAGCAUUGGAAGAAAAGACACGUCCACAAGGACUCGCCCACUCAGUACAAGCAGGGACGUUUUAAAUCAUUCAUUGAGUAAACAGCUUCACCUAGAUGCGGUGACUUACCUGUACGUUUGUUUUCUAUGAUCUUUUGGGUUUGUGAUACAUUUUCACAGUAGCUUUAAAACCAAGAUUAUGAGCAAAGACAAAACAAGCUUUUAAGGCCUCGUACCUUGUCCAAAACGGGUGGAUAAUGGCCUACAUUAAUCCCCGGUGAACCCAUCGUAAACUUCGAAUUAAUUAUGAUAGUUUAUAUACUUGUUUAUCUAGUCCUGCCUCAGCAGUAGCUAUUUCCGAUUCAUUUCCAACUGAUUUUUAAAUGUAGCUGUGCAAGGUGUUGAAAUUGUACAUAUAGAAAUUUUGGAAUUAGAACUUUAAGGUUAACGUUCGUGAUCCAUUCGAUACAUGGUAUGAUUAAUAAUGUACCUCAUAAGUGAACAUUUCAUUUUUGUUGAGUUUGGCUUAAUGAUCUGCAAACACAAAUCAUAGAAUUCUCUCACAUUUACUGACUUGUCUCAUCAACGAUUGGUUUGGUUUGGUGUUCUUUGUACUUGAUUGUUACAAUGAAAUUUCUAAUUGAUUGUAUAUGAGGAGAAAACUAUUUGAUAAGAAUAAGGAAUAAAGGUUGAUGACCUAGAAAGGUCCUGAUUUGU